CGAUUCAUUUUUGUCGGAAAACGUGAAGUUGGAAGCAGUUGGUUGGUUGGAAGCAUCGUUUUUCCCUUGCCGGACUGACGGGUUUUCUGUCGGAAAAGUUGAUUCACGAGUUCUGACCCCCACUAUUAGGAUCAAAUGUGUUAACGAAAAGUACGAGUAUUGUGUUUUCAUUGAGGAGGAAGGAUUAUGUACAGAGUUUGAACGGCGACAUUGAAGAAGCGUCGCAGACACACGCAUACUUUUGCUAGGAUUUGAUGAUAAAUGUAGAGGAUUUUCAUUUUUCGGCUUUUAUAUGAUCGAUAUGGCGCAGCACUUUGUGUCAGUUUGUAUAUUCUGCUUCCUAUGUGCCACCCACUCGCCAUGUGCUUCACAUGCAGAAAUCGUGACCGGCAGUGGACAUCGGUAUGAUGACAGCAAACCCUUCAAGGAUCCGAAUGAUUGGCCAACGAUACCAGGUGAAGAGGGCUCGCAAGCGAAGCGGGAUAUCAUCGAACGGACUGCAACGAAUGAUAGCUCCGACGAGUAUCUCGGCCUAUUGUUCAAGAAAUACGGAGAUGGGAAUAGCAUUAGUCUGGAUGCAUUUAAGCAGAUGAUGCAGCAUCUCGAUCUCGUCCGUAGUUUCAAAUCGAAUGACAGCAGAGACGAAGCUGCUAUCAAGCAGGGUUCCAGCAAUGAGUCCAGUCUAGCAACGAAGUGUGUGGAUAGAGACAAGCUGUACGAUUCGCUGAAAAAUAACAUGAACAAUGCGGAUCGCAUAGACAAUUACACGUUCAAGGAAGCGUGUCCGGUUAUUUUGUAUAAUCUGAUAAUAGGUAAUUGCAAUCAUGAUACAUCUGCGCACAAUCACAUCAACGAUACAGAUGAGGAGCAAUCGAAUAGCAACUUGUCUUGGCUCUAUUCGAUGAUUGCUGUAUUAUUGAUUAGUGCUUGCGGGAUUCUCGGUUUGGGAGUUAUUCCGUUAAUGAAGAAAACUUUUUAUGAGCCUUUGCUCCAGUUUUUGAUUGCGCUGGCCGUGGGCACCUUGGCAGGUGACGCUUUGCUACAUCUGCUGCCGCACUCGAUGAUGGACCACAUCGAAGAGGAUCACCACGGUCAUCACGAUCCAAAGGCAGAUGCCUCCCACAUGAACAAAAUUCACAAAGGAGUCGUCGCUAUGCUGGCUAUGAUAUUCUUCUUCCUGAUGGAGCGCAUCCUAAUGCUCGCAGAUAAGUGGAGGAAAAAGCAACAGUUGAAAGACAAAUUGCCCUCCAGGUUGAAAGUAAUCAAACCAGAGGUUAGCACGCAAUUGACAAACGCUUCGGAAAAGCAGUGCAAGCAUAAAUACAGCUCGUUCCCCUAUUGCUAUGACGAAAUAAAUGCGGAUGUCGAUGGAGGUUUGGCUGCUGGCGGAGAAGAAGCCGCUCUGCCGAUGGUUCAGGAGGUGAAUAGUAAAUUGGAGACUCCGAAUCAGACCAACGGCAACUCGAAUGAAACAAAUAAAUCAAAUAAUUUUGAAAUAAAUAAUAUGUUUUCAAAUGAUUUAGUGGGAGUCACCUCGAAGGAUGAUACGGAUAGCAUUGAAUAUACUGUGAUACUCAGAGAGCACGAGAACAGGCACCACGGACAUAGUCAUACCCACGGACACGUGCACGCCGCCCCAAAGACGAUGUCCUCAGUUGCUUGGAUGGUGAUCAUGGGUGAUGGGUUACACAACUUCACCGAUGGCAUGGCGAUUGGUGCGGCAUUUGCGAGCAGCUAUACCGGCGGAUUCUCUACGGCCGUUGCCGUAUUCUGUCACGAGUUACCACACGAGUUGGGCGAUUUCGCGAUGCUCCUCAAGGCUGGAAUGAGCAUGAAGCAAGCUCUCUUAUAUAAUUUACUCUCCAGUGUGCUCUGCCUCUUCGGCAACAUGUUUGGUCUUUGGUUGGGUAACACUGAGCAUGCAAGUUCUUGGAUAUUUGCCAUAGCAGCUGGCAUGUUUUUGUACAUUGCGCUUGUCGAUAUGAUUCCCGAAUUAAUUUCCGGACACGAAGGAGAAGGUACUUUCACGCAGAGUGUGUUGCAUCUGGGCGGUCUGUUGCUUGGGUUCGGUAUUAUGGCUCUGAUUGCCGUGUAUGAGCAUGACCUAAAAAGAAUAUUUGAACUCUGAAAAAAAAACAUAUAUUUAUAUAUACAUAUAGUACAUACUUAAAAAAAACAACUUAAAUGAACUGAAUUGAGGCUUCUCAUUUAAUGGAACACAAAUCAUCGUUUCUUCAUAACAGUAGUGCUUUGUGCCAAGUUAAAUUUAGAUAUACAUAUAUACAUAUUCAAGUUAAGUUUGCAGUUUUAUCAUGACCUAAGUAGUAAUUAAUAUA